CGCGGCGCGGAGAUGAGCAGGUCCGCGGCGCUCCUCUUCUGCCUGCUGGGCUGCAACGUCUGGAAGGCGGGGACCAAGACGCUGCGGGAGCCCGGCGCCGGAGCCCAAGAGGUUACACUGAAAGUCCACGUCAGUGAUGCCAGCACCCACCAGCCCGUCCCAGAUGCGCUCAUCGAGAUUUUCACCAACCAGGUCUCCAUUGCCUCUGGCACCUCGGGCACGGAUGGCGUCGCUUUCAUCAAGUUCCAGUAUAAGCUGGGCAGUCAGCUGAUCGUCACCGCCACGAAGCAUGCCUAUGUGCCAAACUCUGCCCCGUGGAAGCCAAUCCGAUUACCUGUAUUUUCUUCACUGAGCCUGGGCCUGCUUCCAGAACGAUCUGCGACUCUAAUGGUGUAUGAAGAUGUUGUCCAAAUAGUCUCAGGAUUCCAAGGUGCCCGGCCACAGCCUCGCGUUCACUUCCAGAGGAGAGCUCUGCGGUUGCCUGAGAACACCAGCUACAGUGACCUGACGGCUUUCCUCACUGCCGCCAGCUCCCCGUCCGAGGUGGACAGCUUUCCCUACUUGCGAGGACUAGACGGGAAUGGAACAGGAAACGGCACCAGGUAUGACCUGACCCCAGUCACGGCCGUCAGUGUCCAUUUGCUCAGCAGUGAUGGAACGCCAGUGCUGGUGGACGGCCCCAUUUAUGUCACCGUGCCCCUGGCCACCCAGAGCAGUCUGAGGCACAAUGCCUAUGUCGCGGCGUGGCGAUUUGACCAGAAGCUGGGAACGUGGCUGAAGAGUGGUCUGGGCCUCGUGCACCAGGAAGGUAGCCAGCGGACGUGGACGUACAUUGCCCCUCAGCUGGGGUACUGGGUGGCAGCCAUGUCUCCUCCCAACCCAGGUCCCGUUGCCACACAGGACAUUACCACGUAUCACACGGUGUUUCUUUUGGCCAUUUUAGGAGGGAUGGCUUUCAUACUUUUGGUUCUGCUGUGUCUCCUUUUAUAUUAUUGCAGGCGGAAAUGCUUGAAACCUCGUCAACACCACAGAAAACUCCAACUUCCGACGGCCCUCGAGAGCUCCAAAAGAGAUCAGUCAACUUCCAUGUCUCACAUCAACUUGCUGUUUUCACGUCGGGAGUCAGAAUUCCCCGGCCCGCUCUCUGUCACCGGCCACGGCCGCCCGGACGCCCCUGGGCCGAAGGAGCUGAUGAGCGGGGUCCAUUUAGAAAUGAUGUCUUCCAACGGAGAGGCAGACAUGCACACCCCCAUGCUAAAGCUUUCCUACAGCACCUCGCAAGAGUUCAGCUCGCGGGAGGAACUUCUCUCCCACAAGGAAGAGGACAAAAGCCAAAUCUCCUUUGAUAACCUGACACCAAGUGGGACGUUGGGAAAAGAGUAUCGUAAGUCCGUGGAGAUUUUCCCCUUAAAGUCCAGGAAAUCUGUGGAAAGAGAAGGCCGUGAGUCCCCUGGCAACAGCGAGUACAGGAGGAGCUACAAUGCCAUGCUCUCGCAGCCCCUGUUUGAAAAGCAAGACCGAGACGGCCAGGCCUCCGCUAACCAUAUUUCCACGGGAAGCAAACUCACCAUUCAGGAACACAUGUACCCCACGCCUUCAUCUCCCGAAAAGGAACAGCUGCUGGACCGCAGGCCUACUGAGUGUAUGAUGUCCCGGUCAGUGGACCACCUGGAGAGACCCACGUCCUUUCCGCGGCCCGGCCAGUUGAUCUGCUGUAGUUCCGUUGACCAGGUCAACGACAGCGUUUACAGAAAGGUAUUACCUGCCUUGGUCAUCCCCGCGCACUAUAUGAAACUCCCCGGGGACCACUCCUAUGUGGGCCAGCCCCUGGUCGUUCCAGCCGACCAGCAGCUGGAGAUCGAAAGACUGCAGGCUGAGCUCUCCAGCCCUCACGCGGGGAUCUUCCCGCACCCCUCCUCCCAGAUCCAAGCGCAGCCCCUGUCCUGCCAGGCAAUCUCCCAGCAGCACUUGCAGGAUGCAGGCGCCCGGGAGUGGACCCCGCAAGGCGCGUCCAUGUCAGAGUCCCUCUCCAUCCCGGCCUCCCUGAACGAUGCGGCCUUGGCUCAGAUGAACAGCGAGGUCCAGCUCCUGACCGAGAAGGCUCUGAUGGAACUUGGGGGUGGGAAGCCGCUCCCACACCCCCGGGCGUGGUUCGUCUCCCUGGACGGCAGGUCCAAUGCGCACGUUAGACAUUCCUACAUUGAUCUCCAAAGAGCCGGAAGGAACGGAAGCAAUGAUGCCAGUUUGGAUUCUGGCGUGGAUAUGAAUGAACCAAAAUCUGCCCGGAAGGGAAGAGGAGACCCCUUGUCCCUGGCACAGAACCACCCGGCCGUCCAGGAGCAUCCGCAGAAAGAGCCGCGGGCCGCGGACAGCACCUCCUACACGCAGCUCGUGUACCUGGACGACAUGGACCAAAGCGGCAGCGAGUGCGGCACCACCGUCUGUACCCCCGAGGACAGUGCCCUGCGCUGCUUGUUGGAUGGCUCCGGCCGGAGGAGCGGCGGCCAGCUGCCCAGCCUGCAGGAGGAGACGACAAAACGAACUUCGGACGUCCCCCCGGAGCCGCUAGCCAGCCCGGAGCAGAGAAGAUCGGCCCAGGAGGACGACGAAGAGGAAGACGAGGAGGACCAAGGAGAGGACAAGAAGAGCCCCUGGCAGAAGCGGGAAGAGAGACCCCUGAUGGCGUUUAACAUGAAGUGAGCUGUCACAGCGCCACCCGUCGGCGGAACAUAAAAAAAAUUGCCAAAAAUUCUUUUCUUAGGGAAGCGUUUACUUGUUCGUGGAGGAGGUGGAGCAGCGGCAGCCGCGGAAGCGGACUUAAGCUGCAUCACGGUUCACUGUGUAAAUGUUAGAACGGAAUUAAAGUUACCGGAUGAUGUUCGUGGACGCCUCACCGCCAGGGAGAUGGCUGAACAGGAGUGUCUGAAUGUGGCUCCUGCGUCUGGGACGCGCCUCCCCCACCCCCACCCUCCCCACUCCCACCCCCACCCCCACCCCCAUCCCAGGACACUGAGAAACCACGAGUGAUGUCGCUCAGCUCUGCUGAUAACCUCAGUUCUCCCUCAGAUUCUAGGAACAGAUGAGACUCUUUUCACAUUGCUUGAAUCCAUUUUAUCACGAUAAUGCUCCUGUGACGUUAUUAUUGGGAAAUUAGCGUAGCACUUAGUGUCUCGAGGUAUGCGUUAUCUCAAAGGAAAGCUAUGCACCGCUGCUUCGUGCUCUUGGUUUGCUUAGGUGUUUUUGCUUUGGUUAGCUUUCGUUUCGGGU